AUGGUCGAAGGUUGUUCAUAUUCCUUCAAAGAGGUAAAGACUGUAUGCUGUGACUCUAACUUUUGCAAUCAAAUUGAUUCCAUUUUAACUGAUAUAACAUCUAUAGACAAUUUUACGAUUAUUAAAAAAAAUCCACAAACAGAGCUUUGGAAAGGAAAAUAUCAAAAUGACAACGUCGCCAUAAAAUGCUAUAUGCCAGGCGCCUCAUCCUCCUGGGAGAGAGAACUUAAAAUAUAUAAGUCAGCUUCGUCAAGAAAUAACAAUAUAUUGAGAUAUAUAGGCGCGGAUAUUAGUCGAUACUACUAUUGUAUAGUAUUCGAUUACUAUGAUAAUCAAUCUUUAUAUGAUUUUUUAAGAUGUCCAAAAAAUAGUAUGUUCGGUUUGAGCUUAAAUCAAAUUUACAUGAUAGCUUAUACUGCAAGUAAGGGCUUGUCCUACCUACACUCUAAUAUCUUUGGUGCUGAUCCAAAACCAACAAUAUGCCAUAGAGAUAUUAAAAGCAAAAAUAUUUUAAUAAAAAGUAUUUGCGGUAACCUUAAUGCAACUAUAAAUUUAACACCAAUACCUCGUAAUAAGUACCAGAGUGACCAUUGUAUUAACUAUACUAAGGAUUCAAAUUUAAAUAAAUCCAAUAAUAAUGAUAAGACAUAUUGUUCUAUUAACUGUUGUAUUUCCGAUUUAGGCUUAGCUAUCACAGAUGAUGAAGAUUAUUCCAGCAUUAAAUUAAAAGUUGGAACUCACAGAUAUAUGUCACCUGAAAUUUUAAGUGAAACUCUGGAUAGAUUAAACUUUGAAUCCUUCAAAAUGUCCGAUGUCUAUUCUUUUGCUUUAGUUUUAUGGGAAAUAAUAUCUUGUUAUAAUCCUUUUUACCCUAAUCCACCAUUUAAAUUAAAUUGCUUUCAUGAGUUGCCGUAUCAUGAAUUCGUUUCCCAAAACCCUUCGUUGGACGAUAUGAAAACAAUAGUGGUUGAUAAAAAUCUUAGACCAUCAUUACAAUUUAAUUGGUAUAAGAGUGAAAAAAUAUUACCGUUUUUAGAAAUUAUUAAAGAAUCUUGGAGUUCAAACCCUAAAUCAAGAUUAUCUGCUAUUCGGAUAAAAUUAACUCUGCAAAAAUCGUGUUCUGGAAUGUCCAUUAUUUAA